AUGGGGGAUCAAGACGCCAUGACAGAAGUGCCUGCUGCCCUGAAAAGACUUGCCAAGUAUAUGGUCCGAGGGUUCUAUGGCCUUGAGUACUCCCUGACACUGGAUGUGCUCAUCAGAUACCCCUGUGUCAAGGAAGAGGACAUUGCCCUGCUCCUCAAGUUUGAAAAGAAGCAGCUUCGAACCAUCCUGCAAACCCUGAAGUCUGACAAAUUUAUCAAGUGUCGUAUGCGUAUCCAGACUGGACCAAAUGGGAAGAGCACCAAACACAAUUAUUACUACAUCAACUACAAGGUGCUUGUAGAUGUUAUUAAAUAUAAACUUGACCACGUUCGUCGCAAGAUCGAGUCAGAUGAGAGGGAGUCCACCAACAGAGCUUCAUUUAAGUGCCCUGGAUGUCACAGCACCUACUCUGACCUCGAAGUCAACCAACUAUUUGACCCAUUUACAGAACUCUUUCGCUGUACCUACUGCAAUCAAGAAGUUGAGGAGGAUUUUUCAUCACUACCCAAAAGAGAUGCCAGAACACUACUCGCUAAAUUCAAUGAGCAGAUAGAACCAAUUUUUCUGCUUCUUCGGGAAACAGAAGACAUUGUCCUUCCAAGUGAGCUGCUCGAGCCUCAGCCAACUGAGAUUCCAGAACUUGCUGACAGGUCAGUGUUUGAGGGUGUUAGGACUGGUUCAGUCAGGCUUCUGGGCUCAGUCUCAGCCCAUGGCAGUUUGUUAGGAAUAGGAGAGAGAUACAAACAUUCUCAGCAUGUUGGCAUUUAUAUAAAUCUGCUGCCCACUGCAAUACAAAACACCAAUGUUGUGUAA